AUGAGAACCUUAAGAAGCUUCGAUGGCUUCCCUUUAAAUUUGAGCAACUUCUAUGGUGGCUGCGCUAUUCUUCUUCUUCUUGUUGUUGUUGUUACUUUAUUGUUUCUUCUGAACCGUAAGAGCAGAUCCCUGUUGGCGUCCUCUUUGAUCUCCGAUUCUAGCAAUUUAAACCCAAGGGUUUACAAUUGCAGAACCUCAAACACUGUCACUGAUGCUGAUUUGAAGUUUUUAAUGGAUGAAAUUCUAAAUCAGAACCAUAAAUGGGAGGAUGUCAUAGAUAAAACAAAUCAUCAUCUAUGCUACAAAGCUAAAUCCACCAAACCUAAGAAUGGUCCCCUGAAAUAUUGGAGUAUGACUGUGUUCAAUGAUAUUUCCGCCGAGAUGCUAAGAAACUUCUACAUGGACAAUCACUACAGAAAGCAAUGGGAUAACACUGUGGUCGAACACAAUCAGCUGCAGCUGGAUGAAUCUGAUGGUUCUGAAGUUGGUCGUACAGGUCAGACUCCAUUGUUUCCUCGUAUUUUUGGUCAUGAAGCUGGAGGGAUCGUGGAGAGCGUAGGUGAAGGUGUGACUCAUCUGAAACCAGGGGAUAAAGCCCUGCCUGUAUUCACAGGGGAGUGUGGUGAAUGUCCACAUUGUAAGUCAGAGGAGAGCAACAUGUGUGAUCUUCUUAGGAUCAACACUGACAGAGGUGUCAUGCUCAAUGAUAACAAGUCUAGAUUCUCUAUCAAUGGAGAGCCCAUAAACCAUUUCGUGGGCACCUCUACAUUCAGUGAGUACACAGUGGUUCAUGCUGGAUGUGUUGCAAAGAUCAAUCCUGAAGCACCACUUGACAAAAAACCCAAAAGAAGAGCAUUUGUAUCUUAUGGGGGAAGGUCUGGUGGCUUUCCAGAGAAAUCACAACGCUCCCGCAGUAUGUCUGUUAGUCCUGACCGGGCUCGUGCGCGAGGAAGAUCUCCGGCCUUCAAUGCCUUGGCAGCUACUUUCGAGAGCUCAAAUGUUAGAAACCUUUCAACUCCACCUCCAAUGAUUAGAAAACUGUACCCAAAAUCUAAGACACCAGAUUCAUCAUCACCAACAUCUAAAUCUUCAUCCAUAUCUAACAUUACUUCUGCUUUUGAACGGCCAUCAGCACGAGGAAGUUUGUUUCCUAGGUCGAUUAAAGGUACCUCCAAAUCGGACCCAGAGACAAAUAGUGACAAUGAGAAUUCUACGAGCAGCAUAGAAGAAUCUCUUACUAUACAGGAAGAUGUGAAAGAAGGUGAAGCUGAAGAUAAUGAAGGUCUUCCAGUAUACCCAUAUGAAAGUGUUAACACAGACUCUACCGAUCCUAUGCCAGACAUUGACGUGACUAAACGGGAGGCUUACCUGUCAAACGUCGUGUUCAAAGAGAAACUGGGAAUGGCCAGGAGCGAAUUUUACACGUUGCCAAAAUGGAAACAGAACAAACUCAAAAUGGCUGUUCAGUUGUUCUGA